CUCAAAGUACAAUCUUUAUUAUAUUUUUGUAAAGUAAUAUGUGAGAAAGAGCCGGCCGGCUAAGUAAAAAUGAAAGUAAUAAAAGACAUUGGAGUAGAUCUCGUUUAAAGGGAGGAAUGACGCCCAACCUUUUGAAAAUUUAGUAUAAAACAUUAAUGGCAAAAUUAACUUUAAAUAUUGCUAAAGAAAUUGCACGUAGUAGAGGAGGUGAAUGCAUCUCUGAAAGUUAUAUCAAUUGUCAGAUGCCAAUGUUUUGGAAAUGUGCUAAGGAUCAUUUGUGGUCUGCAAGACUUAGUAGUGUGAAGAAUGAAAAUACAUGGUGCCCACGGUGCGCAGUUGAAAAUCGUCGUACUCGAACAAUCGAAGAUAUGAAGAAGUUUGCAGAAAAGAAAGGAGGCUUUUGCCUUACAACUGAGUAUGUUAAUAGACGGGAUCCUCUUAAAUGGCAGUGUAAAGAAGGACAUAAGUGGAAGGCUUCGGCAAAAGAUAUUCUUAAGGGAACUUGGUGUCGAAGGUGCAGUAUACUAGGUCGAAAACAUGUUAUACCAGAUAAAAAACCUAUCCCGGUACAAAGACACGAUCAUGUUACACAUCAACCUAUUGAUAUAGCAAAUAGUAUUGCACAAGAACGAGGUGGUAAGUGUCUUUCUACAGAAUAUGUUAAUGCAAAUACUCAAAUGCUUUGGAGAUGUGCCAAAGGUCAUGAAUGGUCUACAACUCUUUAUCGAAUAAAAAAUAUGGGAAGAUGGUGCUCACAAUGUGCUGGUAAUUUUCCCUGUGGUCUUUCGGAAGCUAAGGAAAUCGCUCACAGUAGAGGAGGUAUGUGUCUUUCUACAGAAUAUAUAAAUCUCUGUGUUCCGAUGCAAUGGAUGUGUAAUAAAGGUCAUAAAUGGUUUGCUUCCAGCAUCCGCCGACCAGAUUUCUUGAAAAUACCUGAACAUCCUCGAGGACUAGAACUCGACAUCUAUUAUCCACAGUAUGGAUUUGCUAUAGAAGUACAAGGUAAACAGCAUGAGCAACACGUAAAAUACUUUCACAAAGACCUGGAAGAGUUCGAGAAACAGUUGAUGCGUGAUCAGCUCAAAAAAGAACUUUGCGAGAAGAAUUCGAUUGUUUUAAGAUAUGUUUGGUAUUACGAAGACCCAUAUGUAGUUAUUCCUGAACAUCUUCGAGAAUUAGGUCUUAUUGAGUAAACUCAAAUAUUUAAAUGCUU